AUUUGAUGCUUGAGGCUAUUGCGGACUUCGGGGGAGACUUGCGAGGGCCUACUCCUUACGAAAUGGGUGGCCCAUUUUUGCAGAAGAGGAAGCAGAGAGUGUUGGAUUCCUUCAAGCCACAUAAGCAAUCUUGGGAGCUCUCUGGCUGCACAGUCAUGACAGAUGCUUGGACGGACAUAAGAGGCAGGGGAGUGAUGAAUCUGGUUGUUCAUAGUGCAUAUGGCGUGUGUUUCCUUGAUUCUGUGGACUGUUCAGCUGUGAGGAAAGAUGGAAAAUACAUCUUUGAACUUGUAGAUAAUUGGAUAGAACAAAUUGGAGAGAAAAAUGUAGUUCAAGUGGUGACCGAUGGUGCUAGUGUGAAUAAUGCAGCAGCUUGUUUAUUGAAAGCAAAGCGCCCAUCCAUCUUUUGGAAUGGUUGUGCUGCCCACUGUAUUGAUCUUAUGCUUGAAGACAUAGGGAAGCUUCCAACGGUUGACACAACAAUUAGCAAAGGAAGGGCUUUGACAGUGUUUCUGUAUGCUCAUACACGAGUUCUGGACUUGAUGAGGAAAUUCCUUGGGAAGGAUCUUGUUCGAUCUGGUAUUACUAGAUUUGCGACAGCAUAUUUGAACUUGAAGAGUUUGCUGGAUAGUAAGAAAGAGUUGAUGAAGUUGUUUAGGUCAGAUGAACUCCAUGAGUUGGGGUAUUUACAAAAGGUGAAGGGGAGUACAGCAGCUAAGACUGUGCGCUCGGAAACAUUUUGGAAACAGGUUGACACUGCUGUCAACUACUUUGAGCCAUUGGCAAAUGUACUUAGGAGAAUGGACAGCGAUGUGCCGGCAAUGGGGUUCCUGUACGGACAUUUGUUGGAUGCAAAGAAGGAAAUUUCUGCAAGGUUUGACAAUCAGCAACAUCGUUAUCAGCGAGUGUCCGAGAUCAUUGACAAAAGGUGGGACAACAAGCUGAAGCAGCCUCUACAUAAGGUUGGUUACUACUUGAACCCAUACUACUAUUAUGAAAACAAGGUGGAAAUUGAGUUAGAUGAAACAUUUAGAGAAGCACUAGUAGCUUGUAUUUCAAAGAUGGUUAGCAAAGCUGAAAUGCAAGACCGAAUCAUGGAGGAGGUUGAGCAAUAUAAAGAUGCGCUGGGGUCAUUUGGGAGGGAUAUGGCUGUACGUCAAAGGCGAAACAAAAGAUUUGAUCCAGCUAAAUGGUGGAUGAAUCAUGGAACAAGUGCACCAAACCUGCGGCCAUUGGCGGCAAAGAUUCUAGGCUUGACUUGUAGCUCUUCGGCUUGCGAGAGGAACUGGAGUGUAUUUCAACAAGUUCACACAAAGAGACGCAACAGACUACUUCAUAACAAGAUGAGGGACCUUGUGUUUGUCAAAGCCAAUUCUAAUCUCCAGCACAAGAAAGAGAACAAAACUUGGGACCUUAUUGAGAAAGUAGUUGAUGAUGUUCUAGAAGAUGAGACGAAUGAGUGGAUCACUGGAAUUGUUCCUGAAGAAACACAAGAAGUGGAACCUGAAUGCACGCAAGAUGAAUCAACAUCACAUGAGGUAGCAGGUCAAGCACAAGGCCAAAAGAAAAGGGGUGUUCACCUUAGGAAGAAAUUGAAGAUUCUUCCUAUACAUCAAGAUGAAGAAUUGCAAGCUGCAUCUUCAUCUUCUGACUCAGAAGAUGGUGAUGGGAAUGGCAUGCACUCUCCAUAUGCUUCUGAUUGCGAUGAUUCUUAUUAAUGCUUGCAUGUUUGGUCAUUUAAUAAGUGAGAUGCCCUUAUGUUUAUGAUUUUUUUAUUUUUAUUUUGGUAAUUGUUUGUUUGAACACCCUACUAUCGACGGCGCUAUGCCUUGCUGUUUGGUACUUUUGUGGUUUGAACAUGCGUAAUUUGGCCUAUUAGUUGAUGUAAUGCACUAUGAAGUAUGAACUUAUUUGCCUCUGCUUAUUAAACAUUAUUUUGCAUGAUAUAUAUGCUGAAUUCCUUGUUUC